AUAAACCCGGCUAUACCAAAUUUUGAAGUGAUACGUAGGUACUCUUGGAAAUGUCACUACAUUACGAAAAAUUCGAUUUUUAUUGUUCAACUUCAAGCACCCUGUACUUGGAAAUAACGGAGCAAUUUCAGACCAUAAUUAUGGCGUACCCGAAGUACCGCUUCGAAUACGGAGUCAAAGACGGUCACACCGGCGACAUCAAAGAGCAAUCGGAAGAACGAGACGGAGAUGCCGUGAAAGGCGAGUACUCUCUGGUGGAACCUGACGGUACCGUCAGGAAGGUGCAGUACCAAGACGACGGACACAGCGGCUUCAACGCGGUGGUGACGAGAUCGGGUCACGCGGUGCAUCCAGCGGCGCCGGUCAAGCUGGGCAUCUCUCUCGGCGGGUACCACCACUAGGAAGAGGUGGUACCCAGGUACCAUCUCAGGAAGUUCUUCUGAAGUUUGUAGCCUGAUAAUAAUAGUAUUAUGCUGUUUAAGUUUUAGUUCCACCCAACGGUUAUGGUUGAUUGAGUUUGUUCUCUCAGUUGAUGAAAUGAAAAUCCAUACAGUAA